AGCGCUGCGCGACCCCAGCUCUAUUACCAAACUAUGAACUUUUGUUGGCGUCCAUUUUUUUUUUUUUUUUACUCAUUUUCCAGUUUAGAUCUGAGUUGAAGAGACGCGAUAAUGGUGGUGGGAUCUACUCUACGUCUCCUACUACUGGCUUCAACUGCAAGUGAUGGAACCUCGCAACCGUCGGCCCAUUUUCUUCUCCUCUCGCUAUCCCUUUUCUCUUCCCCUUUACAUUGCAGAACCCUAAACACUCCCUUCGCGUUCCCGACGCCUCUAGCUCGCCAAUUGAUAGAUAGGCGAAUAUAGAAUCGAUGGCGAAUGCUUCGUUCUCUAUUCUAGUUAUGCUUCUGGGUAGCAUCUCGCUCGUUGGCGGGCAGGCUGACCGUUGCGGAGUGGAACCCAACGUCGUUCUUCCUGUAGGUUACGGCAACAUUACUCUAGUUUGCCUUCCGAUCUGGAACAAUCUGGUUCUUCGGUAUUCCCUAAACGAAGAUAAUGUUUUGACGAUCGUGCUUUCUAUGCUUUACACCUCUGGUUGGCUUGGAAUGGGAUUCUCAAAGGAUGGGAUGAUGGUGGGCUCGAGCGCCAUGGUCGGCUGGAUUGGAAACACCGGGCGACCCCAUAUUAAGCAAUUCUAUCUGCGUGGUAGGUCCAGCUCUCAAGUUUUAGCUGAUCAAGGACAGUUGCCAGCUGCAGGUAAUGCGCCUGUCAUUGUUCAGAAUGGACCAAACAUCUACAUGGCCUUCCAGUUGAAAUUUCUAAGUAGGAUUACACAGCAGAAGCUUCUGUUUGCUUUUGGGACGGCCACCCCUGUUAACGACCGAUUAACGAGACAUCAGGAUAAGACAUCUGUUUCCUUUGAUUUCUACACUAGUAAUUUCCACUGAAAUCUUCAUCUUCAUUUUCAUUUGUUUGUUUUUUGUUUGCCCGUAGAAAAAAUGAUAUCGUUUGUGAUGUUAUGUGAAAACUUCCAAAAAUGAGGAUUUUAGUGCUUUCAUUGUCCUUCAAAAUUGUUUUGUCCAGAUUUGUACUUUGAGAAAUGUCUAAGCAUAGAAAUCUUCAGAGAGAAGUAGAGAGAGAUAGAGAGGAAGAAAAUAAAAAUAGAGCACACUGACUUGCCCCGUAGGGGCGAACUGGGAUAUUCUUGGGCUCUGUGAUCUAUUUUAUAUAGUGUAACGUGGGGGUUAUAAAAGAGAAUUGGAAAGAGAUCUCCAUUUAGAGUGGGUCUAGAAAGAUAAGCAUAAAGAGGCCAAAGCCUAAAGAGACAAAAGCCCCUAAUAUAUGUUAUGGAUCCCUUAUUUAUAAAAAAUAGAAGCCAAAAGUGAAAAAUUACAUAUUUGUCUCUACUUUAAUAAAUGCAUUAAUGGACAAUAUUGUCUUUUGUCUUAUAUUUUCGUAUUUAAAAUUGAUUUUGGCGUUUUUUUUGUGUUUGGACCUUCUGACCAGCAGGUCCUCGAGUUGGUCAACCAAGCUGGCGUCGGCCAACUAUUUGGUCUGGAUGUCAGUCAGUCUUCGCUCUGGGAAGCUUAUUGUCUUUGAGAGUGGUGGUUAGUCGGCUUAGGGUGGUCGGUCGGCCUGUUUGUUGGUAAUCUUUGUAGAUUUAUUUGGGGAGUUGUUUAGAGUCUCACGUUGAUAUUUGUGAGAUUGUUUAGGGUAUUAGACUUUUGUUCAGUCGUUAGCGUGAAUGUCUAUUCCUGGUCGGCCUAGGUGAUCAUUUGAUCGUCGAACUAGCCUUCAGUCAAUCGGCAACCUUUCAAUCGGUCUUAAAUCCUUCAGUCAGUUGACCAUCAGUCGGCUGGCAAACUUCAAUCGGUCAGCUUCAUGAGUAUUCGUAGCUUUUUGUCAGAGGGAUGCUCCUUGAUUUAUCUCUUUUAAUUUGAAACUUCAAAUUAUUUCGAGAUUCAUGCAUGCCAUUUUUUAGCGUACAAAAAUAUUAAAAAUUAUUUCUUCAUUGUUUUGGUUAGGUUCAAUGAAAUGUAUUCCCGAACAGAAUAUGAAUCUAUUAGUUGUUUGAGCAUUUU